AUGCGCGGCCACGCAGUCCUCCUGGCGGCUCUUCUGGCGGCAUUAGCCUACGCCAAGCCUCUCAAUUUGCCUCAAACCAUUAGUCAGUUUUUGAAACUUUUUUUAUUCCUUUACUGUGGUGUUUGCGCGAAAGCCUUGUAUCAAAGUAAUUCUUUUCAAAGGUCAUUAUCACUUGAAAAUGAUAUCAUUUCUCAAUGAGAAAUUUUGAAGCUUUUUAUCUAUCAAAGAAAUUCUUCGUGAGCGGCUCCAGAGCUUUUUUUUUUGAAAUGGAUUGAAAGUUACAACAACCUUGUGAAUCAUAUUGGUUUUCCGUUCGCUCCUACCAAAAAAGGUACAAUUGUCGGCAUUUUCCUCACUCGUGCCACUAUAAUUGCUCAUGCAAAACUGUGGUCCUCAAUCCUUCCUCCCAAAGAAAAUGAACGAAGUUAUUUUAAAAAGAAGUACUUUCAACACGUUCAGAAAUAUGCAAGAUUUAGGAGUUUCAAAUCUUGGGUAUUUUAUUAAAUUCUGUUUUUUUUUUUCAAUUUUUACUCGUAGGUCGCUUGCUAUCCCUUCACAAAAAAUCUAAGUAGUAAGAAGAAAGGCAAAGUGUGAAAAGUUAAAAUCGAGAGGAAAAAAAAAACUAUCAUCGGCAAUUUAUAGAUUGAUCAAAUGGCUGGAUUAAUGGAUUAAACUUCGAUAGCUUUCAUGAAUUUAGCAGCGACCAACAGAAAAAUAAAACCCUGAUUUUUUUUUCUAUGAAUUUCCUUUAAAACUGUGAGGGUAAGUUUAUUCUGAUCGCAUGAUUAGACAUUCUAUAGAGAAGAGAUUCCUUCGAUGAACUUUACCUUUUGACUUCUUGCACCUGAGUCGACGUCAAGUGUGUUCCACUCGAACUUCUUUCCAAAUCUCCAAGAAUGCGCGCGACUCUUCUUACUCAUCAUCGUCUCCUUUGUCGCUGGAAUUUUGUUUGCAAUCAUUUCGCCGAAAACGCGCAGAACUCUACUGCCAUUUGUCAGAGAAAAAGGCCUCUUAUAGGCACUUACCGCCAAAAUAGCAAAAACACCGAAUUAUUGAAUAUUAAAGAUUUUUUGUUCAAAACUUUUAUGCUCCAGCGAUUAUUGAUUCAUUUUUUUUUUAAAUUCAAUCAGGCUAGUGUGACCUUCCCAAACUAUUCAAAAAUCCUUAUUGCUUCAACAAGAUCUAUUGAAUAUUUAAGGGGAACAUAGCAGAUAGACCUUAGUACAAUUUUAAACUAGCCCUCUUCGAACAAAUGUUUUCUGAUGAAAUGAAACCUCAAUUUUUCUGAUGAAAAGUCCAGACUCAAGUUGAAAAUAUUUUUUGUUUUAUUUGAACAAGCUUCCUCUAGAAGUUCCUUGUUUUUUAGCUUCUCUCUAAAGUUUUAACUCACAGCCAAAAAAAAAACUAGGACAUCUGGUUUUGUUUUUGCAAUAUUGCCAAAAAAAACUGAUUAAAAAAAAAUUUUUUUGAAUUUCAACUUUUAACCGAAAUCUUGAUGGUUGACCAAACGCCCUAGAUAUUAAAAAAAUUUCGAUUGUUUUUUAUUCUCAUGAUCGCUGAUGUCCGAAUCCAUUAGAAACAAAAAACAAAAAAAGAACUUGUGAAAUUUUUUUCCUUCAAGGUCACUUUUGGUUGAGUCGGACCUAUCCGUUUUUUUCUCAGCAUAUUUCUUUUUGGCAAAUAAAUGUCGAGGCCAAAAAAAGCAAUUUCGUGUUUGAUUGAUCCUUCAACUUUCGUUGAAAAAUCAACGAAAAAUAGUUUCAUUUUAGUUCAAACCAAGAAAAAUUGAACACUCCCUUCAAUUUUUUUUUUGACAUUUGUUGAUUUCAAGAACAGAAACUCAUAUGCCAGGUAAAUAAACAAUCAAGCAAGAAAAAUAAGCCUUAGAGGCCGGUUUCGCCGACGCCUCCUGGGGUCGUCUCGUUUCUUAUCUCCAAAGCAAUUUAUCAUUCGGAAAAAAAACUUUCCUCUGCUUUCCCUAGUAAAAACUAAGAAAAAAAGACCAUAAAAAAAGAGAAAACCAUAAAACCCAGCUUUUUCAGAAAAAUAAACAGUGAACUUGAAGAAAUAAGUUUCAAGCAAACAUAAUUAUGCAAAACCUGCAAAAACGUUUGCUGUCGUAGGUGUCCAUAUUUGUUCUGCCAAUGGCAAUUCGUUUUUCGGGACGAUUAACCUUACUUUUCCUCUUAAAAGCCACGCAAAAAACCUGUUUUGAUUGUUUGAAACGUUGUGUUUAUUCAAAAGUUAUACUGCUUGUGGUUUCAAACUCUGAAUAAAAAUUCGAAAGAAAUAAAAAAAAGCGAAAAAUUCCCUAUGAACUGAUGUUUCUAAAAACUUAUUUUCAGGAUGCUCGGGAGAUGUUUACGUCUACAGAAACGAGACGACGGCCGACAGAUCUCCUUACGUCUUCGUCGAGCUCAGAUCGGCCGGUCUUCACGACUGCAUUAACAAGUGUUUCGGCAACCAGGUUCCUCUUUUAAAAAAAUGUCACCCUAACUAAAAAAAAAGACCUCUUGAAAGUAUGAUUCAUCUAUUAUCGUGCACAUAACAUUCAAUUUUUUUCGGCGACCUCUUUUUAAUUUUUUUAUAUACUAGCAAAUGCGGAGCCUAAGGUUUGCACUCUGUCGAAAAAAAAAUUUGCAUUUUAUUCAAAAAGCGUCUUUUCUACUAAAUUCUCUUUUAAAAAUAUUUUUUUCUAUCGGAAGGAAAUGAACUCCUUCAGUUUUGCUACUCGGCGUCGUAUGAUGAAUCUCGCAAAGAUUCUUGUUCACUAUAUUAUUUUGCGGCGUACAACUGCACAGGACAGACGCUUAUUCCUGCCAGCCAGAUACAGUACACCGGAGGCACAGUAACUCUUGACUGCCUACGGUGCCCUACAAAUGGUGACUUUGGUGAGCGAGUUUCUCUAAAGAUUUUAUAAAACUACCUUCACUGAAAAAAUGUCAAUAACGGAUAAAAACUCAGUAACAGCACCGCCCUUCUCAAGUCUCAGCGAGCAGAAAAUAACAGCUACUGGCGAUGACGGUUCCAAACUCGUUGAAAAGCCUCUAGUCGCAGAUAUCACGAAAAACAUAGACUCCAAACUGAGUAUGACUCCAAGGUAAUAAAAAAAACUCCUCUGUGAAAUUAACAGACCAAAAAAGCACGACAGCGUCGGCUCCAACUGUCACAGUCGAUCUGCAUGUGGACAACACUACUCCCAGCUCACCUUCGCCAACAACAAACCAACCCGAAGAAGGUUUGUUUUCUUCCUUCUUUUUUUUUGUUUUUAUGAGCAAUCAACACAUAAUAAUCCCAAAAAAUCACAAUAGUGACGUAGUUGUUGUGUGAUCACGAUCAAUUGACCAUUGGAAGUUCUACGCUGUCUUCUGAUGAGAAGCAUUUGAAAACUGCGUUUUUCUGAGAGAAAAGAAAUUGACACAUGCACACACGAAUUCUUCACGACCGAUUAACCGCGAACAGCUCGAGUCAAGGACAUUUUGGGCCGUCAGGCUCGUCAUUUUUCGCCACGAAACUAAGGCAAAAUAUGGUCGACAAGGACAAUUUUUUUGAAUUUUAUAAAGUGCAUUCCAAUUGAAUCAAAGUUCAAUGGGCGAGGGACCAUAAAAUUCCAAUGUGUAUGCAACGUUCUUGAUAGACUCUCACACUGAUGAGAAGGAAGAAAAUCUAUCGGAAGCUUGGAAAGGAGACGUUGAACAACGAGGUUCGCCCUCGACUGCCGUUCCUUCGCCCAAGCUCAAAUUCCAGAGUGCAACGGGAGCCUCAAGUUCAUCGCAAAAACGGACAUCGACUAUGACACAGUUGACCUGCUGAUCAAUGAAACGACAGUGGAAUCCGCUGUUGCCUGUGCCAGACUUUGCUUUCAAAUGCAAUGCGGAGUGAGGCGAAGAAAAGGCGUUAAAAGACUGAAUUGAAAUGCUCUCAGUUCGCCUUCUUCGCGCCGGUAACCCAAAUAUGCAAGUACACUGUCGACACCGAAAAGCUUGUGGACCGCGAAUUCUGCGACGAAGAUUUGGAGGAGCUUGUCAACAGCUUCAAUCUUACACAACCCGUUCAAAUGACUUGUCAUCGAUGUAUUCAGAAUGGUAGGAAUCGAAUCGCAUUUUUUCGAAAGUGAUCCCAGUGUCAAAGACCAUCAUUUAAUCUUUUUUGUCAUGCUAAAAAAUUCAUCUCUGAAAAUGGCAAGGGGCAUAAAUUUUAAACUUAUGAAAAAGCUCUUUUUAUGUUUUUGAAAGCAACCGAAACUUGAUUGAGUUUCAUCUAGGCAUUCCUGUGAAAUAGAAAGAAAAACGAACCCUUUGCUUUUCCUUGUUUCAUUUGAAGAUUUAAAUCUCUAUUGCUCAAAAACCUUUUUUUUUAAAUCUUCAGUACCUUUGCGGAACAUAAAAUUCCGAUUUAUUUUGGUUAACCGCUUCUGGAGUGCAAAACUUUUGUGGUGUAAACGUACAAAAAAGACUUCGAUGUUUCACAACACUCCGUUGCCCAUACGUCUAUUUAUUGAUUGGUACAAACAAACAGUAUACAGUAAUCCUAAUUCCAGAAGCUUCCGAGAAAAGUUCGCCACAUCAACAAGCGCAAGAUGAAGCUGAGCAAUCUGGAAUCACGACGACUCAGGCCACUACAGCUUCAGGUAUUUUCUACCCAGGUGAAUGUUCGCUUCAGCUUCAGUUCUUGCAUGCCCGACGCUCUAAGUCGUCACCGCUAACUCAAACGCAAGAUAAACGAAUUUUUGUUGUAUUGCCUUAGUUGAACUUGUCGUUACAGCAUGUUAUAUAAACUUCCAAGUCGAAGAGGUUUCUCCGGACACCAACUACGAAUAUUACACUGUGAAGAAAGUGAAAAGGUAAGGAAGCAAUUUUUUUUUUCAUUGAAACUGCAUUCAAUAAUCUUUUUUUACAAGCUUCAACUUUUUAUUUUGCAUGAAAUUUUUCUUGUUUUUCGUUCCGUUUAUUUUAUUUUUUUAGUUGAAAGUGAAGUUUAUGAAAAGGGAGCAUAGAAAAAGUUUUUUUAGAGGAUUUUCUGCUUUAUGGUCAGAGAGGGCAGAAGUUCUAUUUACAAAAAAAUGAAUUUGUAUGCCUUCUUUUUUUCACUCUCUUCACUUUUUUUACUGUGAAAAAUCCAAAAAAAGUUCUAGUAGAAAUCAAUUUUUUUGAAGUUCGCAAAGUCUUCCUUUCAAGUAUUCAUAAAUUAGAGCCGGCAUUUACUCCUUGAAUUUAAAAGACGAUUUUUUAACUAUCAAACAACUAACUCGAAGAAAAAGAUUCGAUUUAAGAAUUUCAGUUUUCUUUGUGUUUUAUUUUUUUGAUGUACCAGGAGAAGAUUCUAGAAGUCUCAACCUGCACAACUUCCCCGUUUUUGAGAAACGACGCCUCAAAGUAAAAAAAAAACUCUAAAAAUCCAUAAAAAUACGCCAUUUUUGAGCUUUAAGCCCUUAUUUCUCGAAAACUGGGAAAUUUUGCAGAUUGAGACUUCUAGAAUCUUUUGAACCCUCAGAGCUCAAUAAGUGACUAGAGUAUUGAGUUUAUUACUGCAAACCUGAGUUUUGCUCGAUUGUUUGACGGAGAAAUGCAGCGCGAACGGCUGUGCGCGACUCUGCUUCGUGGGACUGUGCACGACAGCGGUUUAUUCGCCAUCUACCGGGGAGUGUCGUCUAGGAAAGGACCGUCGGGAACGAUGCUCCGAGGCGGCCUCAGUCUUUGUCUACACCGGAACUUCGGAUGUUCGGCUGCAAUGUUUCCGUUGUAGUGAGUCUAGAAGGAUUCGUUCUUUAUUUGUUAACCAGCAUGGAAAAUGGCUGAAACGUAUUAUCAAUGUUCAGUUAUGAUUGCUUUUGUUUGUGUUCGAUAAUUUAGUAUUUGUUUGAUUUUCGUUCAAUUUGGUUCACUUUCGUACGUGAGAAUGGGAAAUAUUCUGAAGACAGUUCAGUAAUUUUCAAAUUUCUCAGUUUAUCUUAUCUUGACGAAAAUUGACUUAGCGUUCAAGGUUUUUGAGUUAUUCCAUCAAUAAUCGAACUGUUUUUUCUUCUUAUACAUGCAUACUGCAUUUUGACUUCUAUUACAACAAUUGGGCGUUAAGAAUAGCCAUAAAGCCUAAAGAUAAAGGUAAAUGGAUAUCAGAAGUGAAAAAUUAAUUGAACUUUCGUUUCCGUUACUCAAAUUGCUUCCCACAGUUCUUGAAACUUUUUCCAACUCUUUCAGGCAAAAAAGGAAACACUGAGACGUUGGCAACUACCACUUCGCUUGCGUUUCAAGAAGAAGAGAAUGUGACAAAAGCUCUCAUCGAUACGACGCCACCGCCGAAGCCUUCAGAGGAAAGCGCUACUGCGUCUACAAACGAUGGAAAUACUUCAACAACAACUACGAAAGCCGAGACAAAAUCGAAUGCGGACGUUCCAGGAAAUAUGCCACAGCCACAAGUCGCAACAAAGGUUGAGGUUCAAGACGUCAACGGCGUCAAAACGACCCUCAGAAAAAGUAAGAAAAAUUUUUUUUUGAAGAAUGAAUGGGAAAAAAACAAACAACGAAAUGUUUAGAUUGCGUCAUAAAGUUCCAAGCAAGACCUUUAUCCGAACGACCAGCCCACCUGAAAGCCACUUUUGAGCUUGAUGUACCUGUGGACUCAAUCGAAUUAUGCGCGACAAGAUGUUACCAGGUACUGUCCAGAUUAUCCUUGUCUGCUACAGAAAUCGUUUGAGCAACAGAAAAGAUCAAAAAAAAGCUGAAACUUCAAAAAAAAAAAAAUAAGAUUUAUAUUAAAGAUAAACUCAUAUAGUCAAUCUAUCCCGACUUCAAGGCGAGGGAGGCGGAGAAGUGGGCGAGACGCAUAUGCGAUCCAAACAGCCACUGACGCUUGAAUUGAACUCGUGCCAAGAACCGCGAACGCACCUUUCCCGAAUACCUAGCCUUUCAAGUCGGGAAAAAUUGACUAUAAAAUUUCAAUUCAGACUUUGAGAACCUUCAGUAGCGAAAAUUUUUCAGCUUAAAGGCAUAGGGGCAGUGAAAAAUGGGGUUUCAGGUGUAAGCAGUAUCUUAUACAGUUUUUCUUUGCGAUUCGAAUUGUGUACUCAAAAAAAUUACAGAUGUGACAACUUUAGAAGAAAAAGGCGGUUUUACUUUCCCGCCUUUAAUUUUGAAAAAUGCUUUGGAUCGGUCCACGGACAAAUGUUUACAGUAGCCGUGCACGCGAUGUUGCGGACGUCUCAUUAGACUCACAUUUUGUGAGAAAUAACCGGAUAUCUGCUUCAAGUUAAGGGUUUCUUCUCUGAAAGAUCGAUUAAGAAAACAGAAAACACACCGAUAAUAAAGAGAACACAAAUAAUCGCUAUCCCAAUCGAAACCUGUGUAAAGUCAUCAUUUUUCACCAGAAACGCUUUUUUGCGAUCAAAGUUUGCAAAUUAUACAUGAAUAGAAAGCUUUUGUGACGAAAAGAACUUUGGUGAAAACAGAAAAAAUUAAAAAUUGAAAGAAACGGAGAAAAAGCGAAAAUCCGGAAGAUAGUGAAGCCUGUUGUCCAUAGAGCAACUUUACUGCAAAGCGCCUUUUUCGCGGGAACUCAAGCUUUCAUUUCUCCGACUUUGAAUAAUUUUUUCUCCAAAACUAGGAAGUUUGGUACUUUCCAAGUUCACCGUUCGAUUCGCAAUGAAAAGUUCUACAAAGUACUGCUUUGAACUGAAACACCUUUUUUUUUUACUGCCCCUAUGCCUUUAAGAAAUCUAGGCACACAGAAAAAUCAGCCCGAAGGAAAAAUAUCUUAAAAAUUUUAGCCUGAAAUUUUAAGCUCAUGCUAAGAAAUUUUAAGACAAUUUUCCAUGAAUGAUGUUUGCAAAAAAGAAGAUUUUACUUCUUUUCUUUUUUAACUAUAGUCUUUAUUUUUUCCCUCAAUGUUUCGCUUUUUUUUUGGAAUAAUUCUUGAAAAAAAGUAUUUUUCUAGAUUAGAUUUGUUAGUUCCAAAUACGAAAUACUGACAAAAAAACCAGCUUACCAUGACAGAAAAAAACCUUUCGAGAAAAAAAUAAAUAUCUGUCAUGUGUUAAUUCUUGCCAAACAAAAAAAUUAAUGAACUAUUGUAUACAAAAACGAUUUAUUGGCUUGCUCAUAAAAAUUUUUUUUAAAAAAAUAAAAAGGAAAGUUUUUUUAGGAGAUUGUCCAUGGAUCGCUUUUUUUCUUAAGAUUUCAAAACACCCUAAUCUCGAAGUUCUGAGCUGAAGCUCUCGAGCUGUAUUUUCUGCAAACUUCGAUUUUUUUGAUCGAAAUUUUCAAACUUAAUAUUCAUUACUGAAUCAGCACGGACUCAAAAAGAUGCCACGAACAUUUAUAUUCAGGACGGCUGUGUUGGAGCCCGAUUUGAGCCGAAAAAGUUGUUGUGCACCUUGUCUUACGAUGAUCCGUCAUACUGUGCCCGCGGGAACGUCUUCUUGCAUUAUGAAGCAACCGAACCAACCUGGAUUCACUGCGUCAACUGCUGUCAGCCAUUUAAAAAAGCUCUCUGAUCGAAGUAAAUCUUUCAGACGCGCUAAAACCGUCGGAUUCGACGUCUUCAAACACCCAGGCGACUGAAACUACGACAGCUCACUCGUUGAGAAACAAAACAGUUAGCGAGAAAACCCAACAGCCUUCGGAAACGACUUCCACGGAAAUCGCGAGAACAAAAACAACUACGACUGAUGUUGAUAAUAGCUUUGUUCAAAAAGGUGAAAUCAUUUUUCGCUCAGAGAAUAAGCACCAGCGUUCAGGAUGCCUCAUCAAGUUCCAAGCACGCCCAUUCAUCGAACGUCCAGCUCAAUUUUCUGCCAAAUUUGAAUUGGAUCUGAGAGUUGAUUCUGCUGAAAUCUGCGCAACCAGAUGUUAUCAGGUAAACUUAUCAAAAACCUCGCAAAAUGAAGGAAAUUUUGUAGGACGGCUGUUCCGGAGCAAAGUACGAUCCAACCUCGCUAACCUGCUCUUUAUCAUACAACGACAAGCAGUACUGUGCACCAGGAGACGUUUUCCUUCGCUAUGAAACGAAAGAAGUAACUUGGAUCCACUGCGUCAAUUGCUGUACUUGCUUUCUUGUGACACAAAUUAUUGAUAAUACCUAGAUUCCAUGAGAGCUUUGGCUAAGAACGCGUCGAGUAUGCCUACGAAAACUCAGACAACACUGGAACCCGCCGAAAGAAUGAACAAAAGUGGAGAUCUCAGGAAAAACUCAUCUGACUUCCUCAGCGCUCCUUUCCUUCUUCCAUCAAAGCAUCGCAGUUCUUCGAACACCCAGGACGACGACACAUCCCUUCUCAAAGGUAACAACUAGCCAUUAUAUUUUUCUGAAUCGGAAAUGUUAUCUAGGAUGCGUGGUAAACUUCCAGUCGAUUCCUUUGGAUGAAAGACCAGUUGAUAACACGGCUCCUUUCGAACUAAACUUGAUAACAAACACGGCAGAAGUUUGCGCCCAUCGCUGUUACCAAGUUGGUUGAAAUAUUUGGAUAUACACAGACAAAAUACAGGAUGGUUGCACUGCCGCGAAGUACGAUCCAAAGAGUCAGCAAUGCUCUCUCUCUUACGAAGACAAGCCAUUCUGCUCGAGAGGGAAGCUGAUUUCCACGGCCACACCAACCAGUCCUGUACUGAUUCACUGCCUAUCAUGUGGUUGGUCGGAAGAUGAAAUUUUUCUGAACCGCUACCAGUUUACAGUGCCUAUUGACAACAAAAUCGUUUCCUCGGAAAGCAAUGACGGAUCCAACGCGAGAUUAGACACCACGGAUGGAUCAGAAGAACAAAAAUCUAAAUCUACAGAAACAGCGGAAAGUCCAGAAGAAAGAAAUAUCACUGAAGCCAGCGGAGAAGAGCCGAGCCCCAAGAUUGUAGUUGUCGAACAGACUAGUUCCUCUGCAAGUCCAGUUGUAGAAUCAACGACUGGAUCUAUCGUUGCGAAUGGAAGUGGCAUCGAAGCUUCUGAUUCUACUACAGCAGGAUCUGAAGCCACGUCAACAGCGAAAACUCUGACGGCUGAUCUUUCUCUUGAUGACAAGCCAACAACACAAAAUCCUGAAGAAAGCACAAUCACCGAAGCCAGCGGAGAAGAGCCAAGCUCCAAGAUUGUAGUUGUCGAACAAACUAGUUCCUCUGCAAGUCCAGUUGUUGAAUCAACGACUGGAUCUACCGUUGCGGAAGGAAGUGGCAUCGAAGCUUCUGAUUCUACUACAGCAGGAUCUGAAGCGACGUCAACAGUGAAAACUCUCACGGCUGAUCUUUCUCUUGAUGACAAGCCAACAACACAAAAUCCUGAAGAAAGCACAAUCACCGAAGCCAGCGGAGAAGAGCCAAGCUCCAAGAUUGUAGUUGUCGAACAAACUAGUUCCUCUGCAAGUCCAGUUGUUGAAUCAACGACUGGAUCAAUCGUUGCGGAUGGAAGUGGCAUCGAAGCUUCUGAUUCUACUACAGCAGGAUCUGAAGCCACGUCAACAGCGAAAACUCUGACGGCUGAUCUUUCUCUUGAUGACAAGCCAACAACACAAAAUCCUGAAGAAAGCACAAUCACCGAAGCCAGCGGAGAAGAGCCAAGCUCCAAGAUUGUAGUUGUCGAACAAACUAGUUCCUCUGCAAGUCCAGUUGUUGAAUCAACGACUGGAUCUAUCGUUGCGGAUGGAAGUGGCAUCGAAGCUUCUGAUUCUACUACAGCAGGAUCUGAAGCCACGUCAACAGUGAAAACUCUGACGGCUGAUCUUUCUCUUGAUGACAAGCCAACAACACAAAAUCCUGAAGAUAGCACAAUCACCGAAGCCAGCGGAGAAGACCCAAGCUCCAAGAUUGUAGUUGUCGAACAAACUAGUUCCUCUGCAAGUCCAGUUGUUGAAUCAACGACUGGAUCUAUCGUUGCGGAUGGAAGUGGCAUCGAAGCUUCUGAUUCUACUACAGCAGGAUCUGAAGCCACGUCAACAGUGAAAACACUGACGGCUGAUCUUUCUCUUGAUGACAAGCCAACAACACAAAAUCCUGAAGAAAGCACAAUCACCGAAGCCAGCGGAGAAGAGCCAAGCUCCAAGAUUGUAGUUGUCGAACAAACUAGUUCCUCUGCAAGUCCAGUUGUUGAAUCAACGACUGGAUCUACCGUUGCGGAAGGAAGUGGCAUCGAAGCUUCUGAUUCUACUACAGCAGGAUCUGAAGCCACGUCAACAGCGAAAACUCUGACGGCUGAUCUUUCUCUUGAUGACAAGCCAACAACACAAAAUCCUGAAGAAAGCACAAUCACCGAAGCCAGCGGAGAAGAGCCAAGCUCCAAAAUUGUAGUUGUCGAACAAACUAGUUCCUCUGCAAGUCCAGUUGUUGAAUCAACGACUGGAUCUACCGUUGCGGAAGGAAGUGGCAUCGAAGCUUCUGAUUCUACUACAGCAGGAUCUGAAGCCACGUCAACAGUGA